AUGCCGUCGUCCUCGGAGACCUCUGCCUCUACACCCUCGUCCACCGCUGGCCGGCCGACCAAACCCUCCAGGAAGACCAAGCUGCUCGUCUUGAAGCUCUCGUCCACCUCUCUCAAUCGGUUCUCUGCAUCCUCCACCCCCGAUGCAUACUUGGACUCCAAGCGAAAGGACUCUCCAGCCGCUUCGUCAGCGCUCGACGUACCUUUCGCAGCCUCAGUCGACAAUGCCUCGGAGCCUCGCUCAACACCGCCCAGCGCUGACGCUCCGUCGGCAGAGCCGUCAAAGAAGAAAUCCGGCACGCCGCCCAAAGCUGGCACGAAGAGAGCCGCUGGCAGCGACGCUGGGCCCAAACCCAGAGCUCGCCCUGGCCCCAAGAAGAAGAUCAAGUUGGACGACGGCAGCACAGAACCCAAUGGCCGCACCACCACCGGCUCCGGCACAACGGGAACCCACAAGCUCGGCCCCAAAGCCAACCAGGGCGCCAUCAACGCUGGCCUUCGCGCUCUCGACCGCACCGGCAAACCCUGCCGCAAGUGGGAGCGCAAGUCCUUCCAGCUGAAGAGCUUUACCGGCACCGUGUGGCAGGUCCCCAGCUGGCGGGCGCCGCCCAAGUCCGUCAACCUGUCUCUGAACGGCGUCAACGGAUCAGCGGCGACGCUCACUGAUGAUAAUAACAGUUCCAAGGAGAACAAUGUCGCGUCUAGUGCCAUUCCUAGCGAAAGGAGCAAUAUCGGAGAUAAUGAUACUCCCCCUUUCCCCGGAAAUGCUGAAAGCUCUCCCGCUUCUAUUGCUGCCGCUGCUUAA